AUGCCCCAACUACACUCACUCUCCACCCCUUCCGGGAUCAGGACUUACUCCCCGGGACAUCAAACGCCGGGAAAUAUCACCCCGUUGAGCAAGAGAUCCCUCACAAGCAAAUAUAAGCAUUCUCAUUAUAUGGUCAAUGGUGCAAUCCGGGAACUCAACCGGAGGUGGAUGUUUGGAUUCCAGGAGCGUCCCUCGCUCGAUGAUCCGACCAGCCAUUCCUUCGACCAUGGCGCAUCUAUUCGAGCAUUCGAUGGGAUCCUAGCCCUGUUCUUCCAUAAUUCAUGGGAUGAAUUCAUCGAGCUUCAUGAGGAUCACUGGGACUCGCUGCCGCAGCAUGCACGACUCGACCGCUUCUUGGACGCCCUGGACACCUUUCGAGAAACUAGUCGUUCCGCCGGGAAAGGCAAAAGGUCGGAAUCCACCCCGCAAAUGUCGCCGGUAUCGUCUUUUGCGGAGAAACUACAGAAGGCGGGCACGCCCAUUCCCAAACGACGUCGCACCCCCUCGUUUGGCGAGGGUCAUGCGGCGACGCCAUUCCUCGCGGCCCCAAUACUGCCUCCGCCGAAGAAGCGGAUUUCCAAUGGAGAUUCGGCCAGUGUACCCUAUACGACGGCGCAGUCCACCAGCGGAGCACCACCUAGCAACAUGCUACCACCGGCUGCACAGCUUAACUGGUCUUUUGGAUCCACUGUACCCUCUGCUAAUGCCUCGUUUGGCGCCGUUUUUGACAGCAACCGUCUAUCUAGAAACACAUCCUUCACCACUGUACCCACUGAGCCGGAUGAAGACUUCUACAAAGAGCCGUUGCAACAGGAAGACCCAGGGCUAGACUUUGGCUGUCCCCCCUCCAGUUCGGACCCCCUUGCUGGGUUCACCGACAGCCAACUCGAGCUAGUCUUUCGCGAAAACAAUUCACAGGACCAACCGCAAGUCCCCGAGCCCCCCCGCCGCGAUGGGAAUGGCCGGACGGAGAUGUCUAUUGUCCGCGAUUUCCCCUCCAAAGGUCUCCAUAUUGACUUCUUCAACGAACUCCUUCACUUGGACUUCUUUAAGCGUUUCGAGUGUGCGCGAGUAUCAAUCGAUACCGACCGGAAGGUAAAGACCAUCUGGCCCAAGGUGCAAUGUGCUGAUGACUACGAAUCAUUCUGGAGUCCCGUCAAGCAGUUCCCGUUGAUUGCACGCCCUUCGUUGAAAGCAUGGCAAGCCGGCCGCGUGCAGUCGCCGAAUGUGUACUACACGGCCGAGUUGAAAUAUAACAAGGACCGUUAUAAUAUCUUCAAACUCAUCCUCAAUCCGAUCACGGUGGAGGAGACGUCCAAUCGGUUGCACCGCAAGUUCGGCAGCCACCGGUUCCUGCAUUUGUCGUUUCCCUUGCGGAACCACCUUCCGGACUUCCUCCGGGGCCAAGAAACCCACCUGUUCGACCGUUUCCGUGAAUGGACCGCCAAGCCCAAGCACUUCCUCGGGUGCAGCUGGGAAGUCUUCUAUUGCAAAGAGAAGAAGGUUCGAGCCAAGUCGCGCAAGAUGAAAAGCGAUGACGACUUCGGACUGCGGAUUGUCCUUUUCGCGACGCAGGGUCCACGGAUCAAAGAUGUGUCCAUUCAUGAGUUGCUGGACUGGUUCAUGCCUCUCCAAAGCAACGCCCAGAUGACAUAUUGCAAAGGUUUCGCACGCCUGGAUCUGGCCCUUUCCGCCACCUACCCGAGCGUCAAAUUGAAGCCAUCCGAGGUGAAGUUCACGCGAGACAAGCUUGCGGACGGGAACCCGGAGGCGUGUGAGUUCGACGACCCCGACUUCCCACGCUCGAGUGUUGCCUACGAUUUCGACCCUGAUCGCGUUAUGGAUGAUGGCUGUCAAGUCAUGUCAGUCGGACUAGCCAGGGAGAUCUGGCUGACUCUCGGCGCCGAGGGCCCACUUCCUGCUGCGUUUCAGGGGCGGAUUGCCGGCGCGAAAGGGAUGUGGUAUAGGAGUGCUCCGUCAGACACCACGGAUCCGCAUAACCUGCAGAGAUGGAUCCGCAUCAACGACAGCCAGUUGAAGUUCAAGUCGCAUUCUGAGGACCUGAGUGACGACAAGAACUACGACCCUGAUCGGCUGACGUUUGAGGUACACUCCUACACCAAGAAACCCGCUCCCGGCGCCAUCUACGUGGACUUUCUACCAAUCCUGGUCAACCGCGGUGUCCCGGUGGGCGUUUUGCAGGAUAUCGUGUCCCGCCCUCUGGACGAAGACGAGAAGGAGCUGCUCGAUGGCCUGGAGAAUCCCGAGCUGUGUCGGCAAUGGAUCCAUAAGCGGCACGCAUAUUUCGAGGACAUGCACCGCGAAGCCGACAGCCCCAUGCUGUAUCAGGGAAGCAUGCCCUUUGGCCAACUCGAACGGGCGAUCCUGCUGCUGGAAUCGGGAUUCGAUAUCCACCUUGGCCUCCUCGGCGAUUUAAUGCAGGGGAUCGCCAAGUCGUAUUUCGAAGACACGUUGAAAACCAUGCGCAUCGACUGCGAGAAGUGCGUGAAUCUCAAGGGUAUCGCGGACCACAGCGGCACCCUGAGUCCAGGCGAGAUCCACGUCUGUUUUUCCGAGAGCAUCGGGGACGGGCUCGCGCAGUUCAUCAAUCAGGAAGUGCUCGUCGCGCGAAAUCCGGCGCUGCGUGUCUCCGAUAUCCAGAAGGUCCGUGCGGUGUUCAAGAUGGAGCUGGCGCACCUGCAAGACGUCGUCGUGUUCCCCACCCGAGGAUGCUUUCCCUUCGCCGCUCGGUUGCAGGGAGGCGACUACGACGGGGACACCUUCUGGAUUUGCUGGGAGAAGAGUAUUGUCGACCCGUUCCGCAAUGCGCCCGCUCCCACCAAAUCGCCGAAUACAGGAGAUUACGGCGUUGAAGUGGAUCGACGGACGCUGGGCGAUGUGCUUAAACCCGCGCCGGAAGGCGGCACCCCGGACGUCCGCGACUAUAUCAACGAAAGCAUCAAAUUUCGCUCGAAGGAUAUCUUGGGGAACAUGCUGGCGUACUCCACGCUGUACCACCGAAAGGUGGCGUACGCCGCGAAUUCCUUGCGACAUCCCGGGGUCGAGAAGCUGGCUGAUCUCCACGACCUCUUGAUUGACUCCGCCAAGAACGGGUAUCUCUACGACCAGGUCACGUUCCAUGACUAUAUCCGCUCGCAACCGGAUAUCACCCAGGUGAUCCAGGCGCAGCGGGCCGGGCUGUCCAAGCCAGCGUAUCAGGAGAGCAUGGAGCAACUGCGAUCCAAGAAGCGCAAGUCCACCGACAAGCCUCGAUAUAACAAAAGCCACAUCAUCGACCACAUCUACUUCCAAGUUCUCCAACCCCGCGUGCAGGCCAUUCUCCGCCGCUCCUUCGCCCGCAUCGCCCAUCUCGCCUCCCCCGCCCCCGACCCCACCCUCCUCGCCCGCUACCACCACCUCGCCCACAGCGCCGCCCACGACCCGUCCUCCGUCCUCCGCACCACCCUCAUCACCGAACUCGACGCCCUUCUCUCCGCCCUCCGCACCCUCUACGCCCUCCACUGGGCCGCCCCCUCCCGUCACGCCAUGGAGCUCGCCGACCGCGACCCCUCCGCCAACGCCUCCCUCGACCAGCUCGACCGGCGCAUCGCGGACUGCCACGUGCGGUACACUGACAUCCUCCCACAUGACCCCACUCAUCCGACCAUCGCCGAGUGGCUCAUCCCCGCCGCCCCCGGCAUACCGACCUCCUGGGCCAUCCUCAAAGCCAGCGCGCUGUACGCAGUCAUCUCGGGGGAGGCACGGGACCCGGACCGCCGGUCACCGCGGAAACCGGGACUACACCGCGCGGCGGGUAGUGGCGGGUUGGCGCGGCAGGGGGAGAAGUUCCUGUGGUAUAUGGCAGGGACGGAGUUGGCGCGGAUGAAGGCGUUUCGGGAGGGGGGGCGGGCGAGAGUGUUGGUGGAGAGGAUGUGGGCGGGGAUGAAGCCGAGGAGGAUACGGGUGGAGUUGGAAGGGGGUGAGGAAAGGGGGAAGGAGGUGGAGGAGGUGGAGAAAGAGGUGGGGGUGGAUGGGUUUGAUAGUGAUGAGUUUCAUUCUGCGGCAGAGGGUUGGUGA